AUGGCGGCAACUGUGUUCACAAACCCUCACAUCUCCCCCACCAUUACUUUCUCAUUCUCCCCCUCCAACAUCCCAAUUCGCAGUUUNUCACUCACCAAUCCUGCCCAUCCCACCACCACCACUACACCAACCCAAAUGGCGGCAACUGUGUUCACAAACCCUCACAUCUCCCCCACCAUUACUUUCUCAUUCUCCCCCUCCAACAUCCCAAUUCGCAGUUUAAUUCAUUUCCCACCCACAAAGCCAUCCCAUUUCACCACCAUUAUCUGUUCACUCCCUCGCCACCGCCCCGAGUACACCCCAAAUCGCAUUUCCGACCCCAAAUACCUCCGAAUUUUCGACACAACCCUCCGCGACGGCGAGCAAUCCCCCGGCGCCACCCUAACGACGAAGGAAAAACUCCAUAUCGCCCGACAGCUUGCGAAGCUCGGGGUCGACAUAAUCGAGGCAGGAUUUCCCGCCUCGUCGGUAGCUGAUUUGGAGGCCGUGAAAUUGAUUGCCCAGGAAAUUGGGAAUGUCGUGGACGACGACGGUCACGUGCCGGUCAUAUGCGGCCUGUCAAGGUGCAACAAGAAUGAUAUUGAUAAGGCUUGGGAGGCAGUGAAGUAUGCGAAGAAGCCGAGGAUUCAUACGUUCAUUGCGACGAGUGAGAUUCAUAUGAAGUAUAAGUUGAAGAAAACCAAAGAGGAGGUGGUCGAGAUAGCUAGGAGUAUGGUCCAGUAUGCUAGAAGUUUAGGUUGUGAUGAUGUUGAGUUUAGCCCAGAAGAUGCUGGAAGGUCCGAUAGGGAGUUUCUUUAUCACAUUCUAGGCGAGGUCAUUAAAGCUGGGGCAACAACUCUUAACAUCCCUGAUACUGUUGGAAUCACUGUGCCUGAUGAAUUUGGGCAAUUAAUUGCUGACAUAAAAUCCAACACCCCUGGAGUUGAAAAUGUGAUCAUUUCGACGCACUGCCAGAAUGAUCUUGGACUUUCUACUGCCAACACUUUGGCGGGGGCAUAUGCGGGUGCAAGACAAGUUGAAGUAACAAUCAAUGGCAUUGGGGAAAGAGCUGGUAAUGCUUCCUUGGAGGAGGUUGUGAUGGCUGUUAAAUGCCGCGGAGAGAAAGUCUUAAGUGGCCUUUAUACUGGAAUCAAUACGCAACACAUUAUUAUGACAAGCAAGAUGGUGGAAGAGUACACUGGGCUGCAAGUGCAGCCGCACAAGGCUAUUGUUGGAGCCAAUGCUUUUGCUCAUGAAAGUGGUAUCCAUCAGGAUGGAAUGCUGAAGCAUAAAGAUACAUACGAGAUCAUAUCACCUGAAGAUAUUGGACUUCAUCGUUCAAAUGAAUCUGGUAUUGUCCUUGGAAAACUUAGUGGGCGCCAUGCAUUGAGGGCUAAACUUUUGGAGCUUGGUUAUGACAUUGAUGGUGAAGAACUUGAUGAUCUCUUCUGGCGCUUUAAAGCUGUGGCUGAAAGGAAAAAGAUUAUUACCGAUGAUGACCUAAUUGCACUGGUCUCAGAUGAAGUUUUUCAGCCACAAGUUGUUUGGAAGCUUGGAGAUGUGCAGGUUACAUGUGGAACUCUCGGUCUUUCUACAUCAACUGUUAAACUCAUUGAUGCCGAUGGAGCAGGGCAUAUUGCUUGUUCGGUUGGAACGGGGCCAGUUGAUGCAGCUUACAAGGCCGUUGAUCUCAUUGUGAAGGUGCCUGUAACACUUCUGGAGUACUCCAUGAAUGCUGUCACAGAAGGCAUUGAUGCUCUAGCUACCACCAAGGUUGUAAUUCGUGGGGAUGACGGCCACACUUCAACUCAUGCUUUGACAGGAAAAACUAUUAAUCGUACAUUUAGUGGUAAUGGAACUGCGAUGGAUAUUGUCAUCUCCAGUGUUCGAGCUUAUGUUGGUGCAUUAAACAAGAUGUUAAGUUUCAAGAAAGGUUACGUUGAAAGUCCUCAGAUGACUACUUCAAGAUAA